AUGUUCAUUAUCAUUCCACUCACUUUACUGUAUAUCUCGUUAAGAAAUAUCGAAAUAGUCCAUUCCAAAAUCGACUUACCUGUUUUACCUUACAUAAUAACACACAAUUCUUAUAACGCCAAAUAUGCUGUAGCUAAAAGGAAAAAACGAGUGAGAGCCAGGAAUAGAAUUAUAAAAUUUGAAGAUGUUGUCACCCAAAAAGACAUUUCUAACAUAAACUUAGUCGUGUUAGCCCUCAUGGAAUUCCAAAAAAAACACAACAAUCUGUUCGUCCCAGAGAACUACAUUCUGAAAUCGGAGGAAAACGAAAAUUUAAAAAACUUCAAGCUAUGGAAGAAAUUACAAGAAUUUAAAAAUGAAAAGAGCGAAAAGAAAAAAAAGUACAUUUACAUUGUAUUAAAAAAGAUGAAUUUUCCGUUGGCUGACUUAUUUAGUCCAGAAGAAAUAGAAGACUUCGAAAAGGGAGAAUCAGAAAUAACAACCAUGUCUAAUUUGUCAACUGAGGAAAAUGUUCAUUAUGAUUAUGAUGAAAGACAAGAAGUCCGAAAGGAACUUUUCUCUCCAUAUAUCAAAAGUACAAAGGAAAAAGAGAACGAAAACGUGAAGGAUUUUCUGGCAUCAUACAAGUUCAUACCAAAAAUAACUCAACAGAAUGUUCUUCCAAGAUAUUCAAAUAAAGCCAUAAGGAAAAAGGGAAUCCUAAAACAAAUACUGAUGAAUCUAAAAAAAGAUCAAAUAUUCAAUUUCAAUUAUAAUUAUUAUUAUGAUCACAUUUACAACAACAUGAACGACAAGGAUGUUGAUGAUUACAUUGACUUCAUUAUGAAAUAUAAGAGGACCCAUGGGGUAGAAUAUGACAUUUUUAUUAAUAGGAAAUUGCCUCUUUCGAAUGAGAUAAACUCAAAAGAAAAAAAAUUCAUGUUGUAUACGAGGAAGGAAACGGAAGGUGCCCAUUCAUAUGAUUUCGAUAAAUGGUCCUUUGCUGACUUCAUUGAAGCUCUUGUAUUUUUUAAUGAUUUGUAUUUAGAUUUAAACAAAGAGAGAUACGAAGAAUUUAGGACUAGCCAAGGAAAUCAGAAAUUGGACAUCAUUGAUUUCAAUGUGGUAGACCCCUCAUUCGUUGUUCCAAGCGAUGAUACGUGGCCUGCUGAUUGGCAUGGUAUGCCCUUAGGCAUGUACAUAAACCAAAUAAGGAUGGGUGAUAUAGAUGGAAAGUUUCACUUCAUCAGAAGAAAAAUUUUAGAUUUUCUGUUAUUCGAUUUUAAAUCAGCAGAGUAUGAACACAAGUAUUUGAAUUUCACAUGGAGAAAAUUGUACUUUGGAUUGGCAUGGUUCAUCCACACGAGAGGCCACCCAAUAGUUAUAAAGCCAAUGGAUCGAAUUCAGUUUGAUACAUUUUCCAUGGAUUUUUGUAAACCUGAAGAAAUCCAAGGACUGCGCCUAGGGUUCUUAAUAAUUCAAGCACAAUCUCACGAGAAGAUGUUUUGGAAUAAAUUUAGGGAUAUUUGCCUAGAAAUCAACAUUAGGAGUGCGGAUGAAUUGAUUUUCUAA